UACUUUUCCCCGACUGAAAUAGAGAUUACUUAGUUUUAUUAUAUUUUAAUAUGCUUUGGUGUAAUUUCCAUUUGUAGGUUAAACCAUAUUUUAAUUUUCAAACUGAUAACGAUGGCCUCAACAAGUAGCCUGCCUGACGAAAACAUAAAUAUAGACAGGCUACAAAAGUUUUUAGAUGAAGAUAUGCCAAUCACGCAGAUUGCACAAGACUUCAAUGUGUGUACAAAAACAAUCUACAGACGAAUGAAGAGUUUUGGAAUAACGAGAAUACCAUUCUCUGAUAUCAAUGAUGACGAUCUGGUAGAUAUUGUGAUAGAGAUCAAACAAAAUCACCCAAACGAUGGCGAGGCUCUGUUGGAUGGUCACCUCAAGGCCCGUACCCCUCCUAUCAAGAUCCAGCGCUGGAGACUAAGAGCUGCUAUUCAUUUUGUUGAUAGUGCCGGGGUUCAGGCUCGGCGGACGGUUACAAUUAAACGUCGCCAGUACUCUGUGCCAUGUCCACAUUAUCUGUGGCACAUUGAUGGAAAUCAUAAGUUGAUAAAGUGGAAAAUGGUAAUCCAUGGAGGUAUUGAUGGGUUUACCAGACUAGUGGUGUUCAUGAAUAUAUCCAAUAAUAACAAAGCCACAACUGUUCACAGAGGGUUUAUUGCUGCUACCGAGCAGUUCAACUGGCCAAUUCGAUUAAGGACAGACUUUGGAGGAGAAAACGAGCUAAUUUGGCAGGCUAUUCUUGAUAAGCGUGGACCUCGUUCAGCAUUAGUAGGUAGUUCUGUCCACAACCAGCCGAUUGAACAAUUAUGGGGCAUUAUAAAUGACAGGGUGACAUUGCCAUUCAAGGUACUCUUUGAUUCAAUGGCUAGAGAUGGUUUACUGAAUACAGACAAUGAUACGGACAUUAUGUGCCUUCACUGGGUAUUUCUACCCUUAAUACAGGCCAACCUUACAAGGGAAGUGUUGGCACUUAACAAGCGGAAGAUUUCAACAGAACAUCAGCGAUCACCUUGCCAGCUCGAAAUUCAGUUUAUGCACCUCAAAGCAGCUUAUGAAAACAAGCCCAUCGAGCAACAUGAAGGUGUGGUCUGCUCAUACCAAGAUCCUGAUGACUUGGCUCGCCCAUUACAACAUGUUAGGUGUGACGAGUUUGAACGAUUCCCAGCAGAACUCCGUGAGGAACUCUGUGCACUAGGCACAGCUUUAGAAAUAAGAGAUGGACGUCGGUUGUAUUUAGAAGUCGUGUCAACUAUUGAAAAGUAUUUGCUUCGUACAUAAGAACAAUUUCAUGAAAAGAUAAACAAGAACAGAAGUCUGAAUAUUUGAAAAGUGUGUAUUUUACAACUACUGGUAUGUAAUCGGUGUCAUGUAAUCUUGUAAAUUGUGCAGAUUAAAGUUUUUUGAAGUAGAUAAAACUAAGCAAGAUAUAAAAAAUAAUUUUACCAAAAGAGAUUUCUUGUUACAAAGAAUAUGUAUGUGAAAUAAAAAAAAAAAAACACUAUCGUAAGAACAAGGUUCUAGUUUUUCUGCACACAGACUGAUUGUAUAACAUUU